ACGGUAAUCACAGAGAUAGAGCUGGUACACAUAUGUACUGCUCCUAAUUAAGUAAUUACUACCAGGCUAACACUGUCUUUCAGUAGCAAACAAAGCUUAAACACAGUACUACAGUACUUGCCAUGGAUGACCCCGCCGCCGAACACUUGCCCGUAAUACCAGUCCCCAACGGCUAGUUUCAACCGUUCACUCCGCCCGCGUCCGAUCCCAGCCGUUGAAUCCACGCCGCGCCAUCCCGGCCGUCGAUCCUCUCGACCGUUGGAGGCGUCGCCCUCCGCUCCGGAUAAAGCUCGAGCCCCCCACCGCGCCGCUCCUCCCACGCCAACGCAUCUCCGCGUCUCUCCUCUCCGAUCCAAGCAAAUCAAGCAAGAACAAGAAAUUUUAGAGAGAGAGUUGGAAGAGCGAAGAGAGAAGAGGAGGAGGAGAGGACGGCCGCCUGCUUCGGUCCGGGAGGGAGUUCGCCGGAGUUCUUGGCGUUCUUGGAGCCCGGAGGAGGAGGAGGAGGAGCAACAGGAGGCCGUACGCAUGGCGACGAGGCACCAGCGCGCGGCUGCCGCUCCGCAGCCGGCGAACAGAGGUGCUGCAGUCGCAGCGGGGAAGCAGAAGGCCGCCGCCACCGCCGCCGCCGGCCGACCUGGUGCGAGAAACCGGCAAGCCCUCGGCGAUAUCGGCAACGUCCUGAACGCCCAUGUGGUCGACGGCAAGAUCCAGCUGCCGGAGGGGAUCAAUCGCCCAAUCACCAGGAGCUUCGGCGCCCAGCUUCUAAAGAAAGCUCAGGAGAACGCCGUUGCGGCGAACAAGAUUGUCGUGCAGAAUCCGGCCAGGAAGGAGCCAGCUCCGAAGCCGGCAAAGAAGGUCGUACCCCGUCCGGAGAACGCCGCCAAGGCCAGCACCGGCGCCGGCGUCAACGAGAACAAGAAGCCGUCGGAGUCGGAGGGCGCCGGCAGCAGCAGCGGCGGUUCAGCCCUCAAGUACUCCAGGAAGAAGGUCGUGAACACGCUUACAUCUGUGCUUACUGCUCGUUCCAAGCACGCGUGUGGCAUUACUGAGAAGCCAAAAGAAGUCGUCGAGGACAUCGACAAGCUCGACGGCGACAACCAGCUCGCCGUGGUGGAGUACAUCGAGGACAUCUACAACUUCUACAGGACAGCCCAGCUGGAGCGCCGGCCGACAGACUACAUGAGCAGCCAGGUCGAGGUGAACCCCAAGAUGAGGGCCAUCCUGGCAGACUGGAUCAUCGAUGUGCACUACAAAUUCGAGCUGAUGCCGGAGACCCUCUACCUCACCAUGUACGUCAUCGACCGGUACCUCUCGCUGCAGCCCGUGCUGCGCAGGGAGCUGCAGCUCGUCGGCGUCGCGGCCAUGCUCAUCGCCUCCAAGUACGAGGAGAUGUGGGCGCCGGAGGUUCAGGACCUCAUCCACGUCUGUGACAACGCCUACUCGCGGCAGCAUAUCCUCGCCAUGGAGAAGAACAUCUUGAACAGGCUGCAGUGGAACAUCACCGUUCCCACACCUUACGUCUUCUUGCUCCGGUUCAUCAAGGCCGCCGGAGGCGACAAGGAGCUGGAGAACAUGGUGUUCUUCUUCUCUGAGAUGGCGCUGAAGGAGUACGGCAUGGCGUCGCUGUGCCCGUCGCUGGUGGCCGCGUCGGCGGUGUACGCGGCUCAAUGUACGCUGAAGAGGAGUCCCCUCUGGACGAGCACGCUCAAGCACCACACCGGUUUCACCGAAUCACAGCUCAGGGAGUGUGCGAAGGUCCUUGUCAACGCUCAUGCUGCCGCUCCUGAGAGCAAGCUGAAGACGGCAUACAGGAAGUACGCAUCCGAGCAGCUUGGGCGUGUCUCUCUGCGCCCUCCGGCAGUUUGCCUAGCCUAGGAUUAGUACUGUUCUGGAUUCGGUUUAGACUGUGAUGGAAUGUCGUUCUUGACAGUAUUUAAGAUUCUUUCGUGGGUUUAGCUAAUUGGAUCAAGACAACUUGAGAGCGAUUGUUGUUGGGUUUUUUGCGGGGUUACUCUGAACUCUCGAGUAUACUCAUGUAUUCAGUACUGUGAUACACCUUGGUGUAACUACUCUUCAUAAAUUCUUUUCAUAAGUAUGAAUUGAAUGAAAAGUAUUCUUUUUCCAUAA